AUGACCAAGGACCACCGUGGACCGAGAAGUCAGCGCUCUCAGGAGGCCGACAAAUUCGUUGAAGAAAGAAGUGGAAGAAAAAAAUACAACUGUGACGAGUUUGGGAAAGAUUUUACUGUGAAAGCUUCCCUAAAAAUGCAUCAGGUCAUCCACACCGGAGAGAGACCGUUCAGCUGUGAUGAGUGUGGGAAGUCUUUUACCCACUCUGGAAACUUAAAAACACACAAACUCAUCCACACUGGAGAGAGACCGUUCAGCUGUGGAGACUGUGGAAAGUCUUUUACCGAGUCUGGAAGCUUAAAAAGACACCAACUCAUCCACACUGGAGAGAGACCAUUCAGCUGUGACGAGUGUGGAAAGUCUUUCACGCAGUCUGGACACUUAAAAACACACCAACUCAUCCACACUGGAGAGAGACCGUUCAGCUGUGGAGACUGUGGAAAGUCUUUUACCGAGUCUGGAAGCUUAAAAAAACACCAACUCAUCCAGACUGGAGAGAGACCAUUCAGCUGUGACGAGUGUGGAAAGUCUUUUACCCACUCUGGAAGCUUAAAAACACACCAACUGAUCCACACUGGAGAGAGACCAUUCAGCUGUGACGAGUGUGGAAAGUCUUUCACGCAGUCUGGAAACUUAAAAAAACACCAACUGAUCCACAGUGGAGAGAGACCAUUCAGCUGUGACGAGUGUGGAAAGUCUUUUACGCACAUUUCAAACUUAAAAUCACAUCAACUCAUCCACACUGGAGUUAAAGCAUACACCUGUGAUCAGUGUGGCAGAGCUUUUACUCGCAGUGGCCACUUACAGAAUCAUCUAGUUGCCCACUCUGGAAUGAAAGCAUACAGCUGUGACAUUUGUGGAAAAACUUUCAGCCUGAAACAGAGCCGAAAUACACACCUACGCAUUCACACCAGACAUGAUGUGUACAGCUGUGGUCAGUGUGGUAAACUAUGUUUAACAGACGCACACUUCCAACGCCACAUGUUUACCCACUCUGAGGAGAGACCUUAUAAAUGUGACCUGUGUGAGAAGACUUUUAAAUCUCCAUAUUACCUGAAAGCACACCAAUGGAUCCACACCAGAAAGACUCUACAAGUGCAGUUACUGUGA